CCCCACGAAGCCUUGUCCAGGGGUCGACAUGUCCCUUGCUGUGCUUCGGCCCGCCGGCCCUCCAUCCUCUUCCUCCUCCUCCUCCUCCUCCUCCUCCUUUCCUCCUUUCCUCCUCCUCCUCCUUCUCCUCCUCCUCCUCCUCCUCUUCCUUGCUCCUCGUUCCCUUCCUCGAUCUCCGCGGUGGCGUGCCGGGAGUCGGCCGCGGCCCCUGGUUCAGCGUUCCGCCUACGUCCCCAUCCCCACCUGGGCCAGGGCAUCUCAGCCCCACCGUCCCACCACACCCGGUGGGGCGCACGAAGGCCCUCGAAGCCUGGAGGGAGCAGCCUGGACGCCCUGCAGUCAAGACGCCGAAAUCAGGAGCAGUUUGGGUUCGGAAGGGGCUCGAUGUUCCUCAGGUUCCUCCAGUGCUGUUCCGCUUGCCCUCCUGGGGCACGGGGGCGCUUACAGGGCCAACAAGGGGCUUCGUUCCGUAUUCAGCGUUCCUUCUUUCGGCGGCCCGACUGUAUCUAGGCGGGGGGGUAAACAUGCCGGUGAGGCCCAGGCCACGCCAGUGGGGGCCCAGCUCGGUGCAGCGGUGCUCCGAGGUGGGGCGGCUGCUGUGCGAGGCGCGAGCGGACGUGAACCGGCGCUCGCGAGGCGGGACGCCGGUCCUGGCCGCCGCGGAGGCGGGGCACGCCGCGCUGGUGGGGCUGCUCCUCCAGGCCGGCGCGGAGGCGGGCAGGCCCGCAGGCCUGGGCACGACGCCCCUGCUGGCGGCCUGCCGGGCGGGGCACCUCGCGGCCGCGCGGGUGUUGUGCGAGGCCGGGGCGCCCACGGAGGACGCCCUCGCGGACGGGAGCACGCCCCUGCUGCUGGCCGCGCAGUGCGGGCACGAGGCGCUCGUGCGCGCGCUGUGCGGGGCGGGGGCGCACGCGGGCGCGGCGAGGGGCGACGGGGCCACGGCGCUGUACCUGGCCGCCCACGCCGGGCACGCCGGGGCGGUGCGGGCGCUCCUCGGGGCCGGGGCCCGCGGGGACGCGCCUGACCUCGACGGCAGGACGCCCCUGUUCAUGGCGUGCCGGCACGGCUUCGUGGAGGUCGCGCGGCUCCUGUGCGCGGCGGGCGCGGGCGGGCGCGCCUACUUGGACGCGGCCACGCACGGGGGGGCCACGCCGCUCUUCGUCGCGGCGCAGAACGGCCACGCGCGCGCCGUGGCCCUGCUGUGCGAGCUGCGGGCGGACGCGGAGAAGCAGGCGUCGGAGGGCUGGGGCCCCCUCCACGUCGCCUGCGAGGUCGGGCACCAGGCCGUGAUCCAGCUCCUCUGCGGCGCCGGGGCCGACCUGAAUUCGACCACGGACGACGGCGAGACGCCCAUCUUCGUGGCCUGCAACCAUGGCCACUCGGUGGCGGCCGAGGCGCUCUGCCGUGCGCUCGGGCCCCUGCCCGCCGCGCAGCGCUGCCUGGACGCGCAGGACGUGCACGGCAGGACGCCCCUGUUCGCGGCCGCGCGCGAAGGCCUCGGCGGCGCCGCCCGGGCGCUGCUGGCGGCCCGCGCGGAUGCGGCGGCCGCCGCGGUUGACGGCGCGACGCCAGUCUUCGUGGCGAGCCAGGAGGGCUGCGCGGACGUGUUGGGAGCGCUGCUGCGCUCGCGGGCUGGCGUGGAUGGGCCCCUGCUGUCUGGGGCCACGCCGCUGUUCGUGGCCUCCCAGAACGGCCACGCGGCGGCCGUGCGCCUGCUGCUCGGCGCGCGCGCGUGCACCGAUGUGCCGCUGGAGGAUGGCACCACGCCCCUCGCCAUCGCGGCCGAGAACGGGCACGACCAGGUGGUGGCCCUCCUCGGCGGCGCCCGCGACGCGGCGCGGGCGGGGGCGCCUCCCCAGCCUCCUCCUCCUCUGAGGCCCGCCGCCUCCGCCUCCCUGGCCGCGCGCGCAGCCCAGGACCUGCUGCAGGAAAGGAGCUGUGCCCCUCGCGACGUCCGAGGGCGUGCGCGGAGGCGCCGCAGAGCGGAGCUAGAGCGCACGGCGG